AUGCACACAGACCAGUCAUGGGAGGAUCUGAGCUGCACGCAAAGCCCCUGUGCUUUCACAGGGCCGGUCAGGCAGGCCGCUGGCUCCUCCUUCUCUCAGUAUGAUGUGUUGGGCGGCAGCUGGCACAGAAGCGCAGGUGGGAAAGUCGAUGCAUCUCCUGCCAACCCCACCUGGCCUCCAGAGUUUCAGCCGGGCGUCCCAUGGAAGGGCAUCCAGAGCCCUGAGCCCGAGCCGGACCCCUACAUGAGCCCUGCAGGACUGAUGGGAUCCUCCGUGCUCAGUCACACCGAACAUCAUCUGCUGCAAGACAACACAGCUAAAUACUCCGAGCUGAAGUCCAGUUGGCCGCCGGAGCCCAUUGGACAUGGCAAAUCAUGCGGACCAAUCGGAACGCCUUCUCACCUGCCCCGCCCCCCUCCGGGUCUCCCCAGUCAGAAGCAGCCGUGGUCGGGGGAGGGGCCAUGGAUGCCCAGGACUUGGGGGGGUGGAGCCAGCCCAGUGGAGUCACCCUUCAAAACAGGUACUGCAAACACACACAGUCACAUUCAGAUGUGA